AAGUGCUCUUCGAUUUGGAGACUUCCAACCAGGAUCUAAAAAGUGACUUGAAGGAUCUUUACAUAAAUUCAGCAGUUCAGAUGGAUGUUGCUGGGAAUCGUAAGGCUGUUGUAGUUCAUGUUCCUUACAGACUGAGGAAAGCUUUUCGCAAAAUUCAUCCUAAGCUUGUAAGGGAGUUGGAGAAGAUGUUCAGUGGGAAGGAGGAUAUUGUUUAUCCUUCAGAGAUUAUUGGAAAGCGUGUCAGAUACUGCAUUGAUGGGUCCAAAAUCAACAAGAUUUUCUUGGACUCAAAGGAGCGAAAUGCCACCGAGUACAAGAGCGAGACAUUCUCAGGAGUUUACAAGAAGCUUGCGGGGAAAGAUGUUGUCUUUGAGUACCCCACUACCAAGCCUAUACAUAGCACAAAAAAACCUUUCCAAAGAAGAAACAGAGAAAAAGAAAAAAGAAAUGAGAGAGCCCAGCACCGGAUCAGCAUCGGCAACAGCAGCGGAUGCGGUGGUGGCGAUGGCGACGAUGGCAUCUGGGUCUUCAUCGUCGAGUAA